AUGGGUACGGUGUUAAAGAUAAUGGGUACGGCCUUGAUUGCAUUGUAUACUGCCCAAAAUUGGAUUGCUUGCACCCCGUCAGGCGUGACGAGUGGUGCGGAAUGGUCUCGUGGUUGUGAGCAGGAUUGCUUGUUAGCCGGUUGUUUCGACAACUUGAUUUUCGGUUACAACGCGGCAGAUGCACCUGAGGGGUACAAUGUACAGGUUGUAGGCAGUCCGGCGGAGUGUCAUAUUGCAUGCCAGGAUGAAUCUACCUGUGUGGGUUGGCAAAUUGAUCGUGCGAAUAAUACUUGUGUCCUUAAGAACUAUGAGGAGUAUGAGGGUGCCACGGCGACUAAAAUUUGGAUGUAUGAUCAGGAUCGAUCCACUAUCGACUUUGAUGUUUGCAAUAGUGAAACCUCGCGUGUCUGUAUGUCUCCAGGAGCUGGUAUUCCACCACUCUACGACUGUGUUACUUGCAACAACGUCGUCCGAUGCAUCUGGCACUCUGCCCUCAACUGGGCAGGACCCAAGGACUGUGCAAAUCGAAUAGGCCAAUGUGACUUCUUGCCGCCUGACGAAACUACCACCCCAGAACCCACCACGAGUACCACCAAGACUAGCACUACCAAACCUACGUCUACGACCAGUUCAACGAAGAGCAGCUCGACGAGUUCUACCAAGAGCACUUCUAGCACGAAGCCCACUUCAACCAGUUCUACUAAGAGUACUUCGAAGACUAGCACCACCAAGCCUACGUCUACAACCAGUUCAACG